GAUGGCCGCAUAUGUUAUUGUCCAUUUCUAACGUAAGACAACUCUUACACUAAAGGUUGUAUCAGUGUUUUUAACUAAAAAAAAAUAAUAAUAAAUAAUAAACAGCAAGUAAUAUUUUACAAUAAAAUAAAAAUUAACAAUCGUAACAACAAAUAAAUAAGACUAAUCCCACAAAAACUCUUAACAAUCCUUGGAAGAUAAAAUAAUAAAUAUACAAUAAGAAAUUGGUCGUUCUGUCUUUAAAGAAUUUUUAACUGAAGAAAAAAAAAUAAUAAAUAAAAUAAUAUAUAAUAUUAUUCUACAAAUUUACCAUGCAUGGGAGUGAAGAAGCUAAAUUAUAAAUGUCUGGUUUAUUUCUAAUAAGUAAUGUGUUGUUAUUUGAUAAAUAAGUGGCACGUAGUCGAAGGAUUCAUUGGCGAUUUUGAAAGAUAAAGAAUUAGGUUUUGUUCAUUUUUUAUUUUCAUUGAAAAUGUUUCAGUUAAAAUAAUAUUGUAAAAUAAUUGAGUCACCUAGUCAGCUGGUUAACUUGGAACACGAGCAUUUAGAAGUUUGGUCACCGAAAAGUAACGAUGUCUUUGAAACCGAGGAAAGUUGAUUUUGGGCAAACUUGGGGAGUUCUACAGGAAACUGUGAAAGGUGUGAUUACACUUGGUGAUGUGCCGAGAUCAACUUGGAAUGAUCGUUUUAGCGACGUCUACUCGCUGUGCGUAGCAUAUCCAGAGCCACUAGCAGACCGACUAUACAAUGAAACGAAAAUAUUCCUGGACAACCACGUCUCAGAGCUGCUGACCCAAGUGAGCAACCAGGGAGAAGUAGGUCUCCUGCAAGCGUACCACAAAGCAUGGAAUGAGUACUCCCAAGGAAUAAACUACCUCCACCGCCUCUACUUAUACUUAAAUCAGCAGCACAUAAAGAAGCAAAAGUUAACUGAAGCUGAAAUAAUAUACGGCUCGGCUUCGACAAACUCCGCGGAGUACCAAGAGCAGAUGGAGAUCGGAGAGCUGGGUCUCGACAUCUGGAAGAAGAAAAUGAUCACUCCUCUCCGCAAGUCUCUGGUAACCCUGCUCCUUGAAGGGAUCCAUGCCGACAGGAUCGGCAAGGCUGAGUUGACGACAUCGGACGUCAUUUGCGGGGUGAUCCAGUCUUUUGUUAGCGUUGAGGCGUACAAAAUGAAAGGCGAGCUGGAUAUGUACCAGGAGAUCUUCGAGACACCUUUCCUUGAAGCCUCCGGGGAGUUCUUCGUCUGCGAGGCAGCAGAGUACCUUCAGAAAGCAGAUGUUACCGUCUACAUGGAGCGCGUCACCUGGCGGCUCGGUCAGGAAGAGCUCCGAGCCCGAAAAUUCCUGCAUCACAGCUCCGUGAGCAAAGUCCGGCAGUGCUGCGAGGAAAAGAUGAUCGCGGCUCACGUGACCUGGCUCCACACUGAAGCCGAGUCUAUGGUGGAGCAAGAGCAUCGCCGGAACCUUUCGCUUCUUUACCCGCUUCUGCGUCCUCUUCCAGGUGCUUUGACUCCGGUGAUCCAGAAACUUACUCAGCACAUAAUCCAGCAAGGUCUGAACGCCAUUGGUCACCUCCAAGGCGACACUAUCCACAUACAGUUUGUCGAAGGAAUGCUUGCGGUUCACUCAAAAUAUUCAGGUAUGAUCGAAGAAGUGUUCAAACGCGAUCAAGCGUUCAUCGCUGCCCUGGACAAGGCUUGUUCCGCGGCGGUUAAUCAUCGUCAUGAUCGACAACCAACUCGCGCACCAGAACUCCUGGCCAAGUACUGCGACUCGCUGCUGAAGAAAUCCGCGAAAGGAAUUUCUGAAUCGGAGAUUGACGACAAAUUAGCUAAAUCGAUAAUUGUAUUCAAAUACGUCGACGACAAAGACGUCUUUCAGAAAUUCUACGCCCGAAUGCUGGCCAAGAGGUUGAUUCAUCAGCAAUCCCAGUCGAUGGACGCGGAAGAAACUAUGAUCGAUCGGCUGAAGCAAACUUGCGGGUAUGAAUUCACAAAUAAACUGCAUCGUAUGUUCACUGACAUGUCGGUGUCGAUGGAUCUCAACACUAAGUUCACGAGCAGCUUGCGAGAACGGAACGCCGAGAACCAACUGGGAAUCGGGUUCGUCGUCUACGUGCUCCAGGCUGGCGCUUGGCCGCUCAGUCUGCCCCCUUCCUUGGGCCCGUUCCACGUUCCACAGCAACUGGAACGCUCCAUUCAGGCCUUCGAAAGCUUUUACCACGCCCAGUUCAGUGGCCGCAAGCUCACCUGGCUUCAUCCGCUGUGCCAGGGGGAACUUAAGUUCAAUUACUUGAGGAAGCCGUACUUAGUUACGGUUCAGACUUAUCAGAUGGCGUUACUGUUGCUCUUUGAACAAUGCGACUCAAUGUCCUGUCGCGAAGCCGCUGCUUCUCUGAGACUGUCUCAUGAUCAAUUGGUGAAGCACGCGGCCAGCUUGGUUGACUGCAAAAUUCUCAAGAGGUCUGGCGAUGAAGGAGACCUUGAAGAGGACACUGUGCUCAUUUUGAAUUUAGAGUAUUACAAUAAGCGCACCAAGUUCAGGGUUACUGGAGCGCUCCAGAAGGACGUACCUGCGGAGAUGGAAGCUACCAGGCGAAGUGUUGAUGAUGACCGCAAAUUGUACAUCCAAGCUGCUAUUGUUAGGAUUUUGAAGAGCCGGAAAAUGUUGAGACAUAAUCAGUUAGUUCAAGAGAUACUAGGGCAAUCAAAAGUGAAAUUUGCUCCAACAAUAAGUAUGAUAAAAAAAUGUAUUGAAGCACUGAUUGACAAACAAUACAUCGAACGUACUCAGAAUAGUGCUGACGAGUAUUCAUACGUUGCAUAAUGACGGAUAAUUUUUUUAUUUCAAAAUUAUUAUUAUUAUUAUUUAUUAUUCAUCACAAAUCAAAUAUUGGUUAUGAUUCUUCUGAUCUAACUUUAAAUUUGUUAAGUUUUUUUAAUUCAAAAUUGAUAAUUAAUACUCCUGCCAUUCUCAGAGUUUUAAAAUCACGAAAAUUCAGGGAAAUUUUUAAUUUUUAUCGUGGAUCUAAAAUAUUAUUUUACAUUUACGGGGUACUAUAAAAUGCUUGAUUGCUCGUAAGUUUAAGGAGAUAAAUAAAAAAAAUGUUAAUUAAUUAAUUUU